AUGGUUGUGGGUGCCUUCAAGAUCCUCUUGGCCUUGAUCUUCAUCCUGCACUAUUACUCCCUCCAGCAGAAGGUUUCUGAGGAGGUCGAGAGCAACAGCCAGGCGGCGUUGGUACCUACAUCGUACUGGGCUGGUGACCUUGUCGGAGCGGGGUCUCCGGCAUAUCCACCGCAUUCUGUCUCAGCAUCAUUCGCGAGAUCCUCGUCUUCUACGAGCUAUCCGCGCAGCCAUGACGGCGCUGCCCUGGUAUUGCCCGUGCGGAAGGAAGAACAGGAAGAAUGCCUGGAAUUGUCCGGACUGCAGGACAUCGUAGUCUUACGGUACUCCUGCAGUGGACCAGCAAGCUCCGACCUCACCAAGGAGGCAUCAGCAGGGUCAGACACAGGCCUACUCUCAGGCUUGGCAGUGGCCCCAGGUCAAGGCAAUCGACGCAAGUCACGGCGUGGGAAAAAGGCGCAAAAGCAAGGACAGGACCAGUACCCUGCCCAAUCUGGUGCUGCUCAACCACCUUUGCCGCCGCCUCCAAUUCCACCGUUGACAGCUACUUCGUUGCCGGCUCCAACCAUGCAGAUGCCAGCGACGGUCAUUGCCAAUGCACCAGUCGCACCGGUCCUUCCUGCCCCUUCGGAAGACUCCAUCAAAUUGCGUGCCUUGACACAGAAACUCAAGAAGCACCAGGACAGAGGGAUGGAGAUACCGGACGAUGUUCAAGAGGAUCUCAAGGAGGUCUGUGUUACAGAAGCCAAGGCCAAUCGCAAGACGAUGCACAUGGCGGUGAACGCUAUGGACGAUGCUCGACAGGUCUACGACGAUGCAGUCGCUGCACGUGCCAUGCUUCACUCCCAGUGGAAAAACUUUCUGGCCGAAAGCUUGAAGAUGUGGCAGGGGCAUACUGCAAAUUUUCAAUCACAGGAGGCCCUGCUGACAGAACGUAUACAGCAAGCAAAAGAUGCCUUUGUGCAAGCCAGGGACACCAUGAAUGCAGCCAAGAUAGAUGCGGCCAACAUGGUGCCCGUGGAUGCCAAGUCGGCGCAGUCCAUCUCCGACGACGAAGAGUGCAAGGACUUGAAAGACGUCCCGAUGGCUGCAGCCGAAAGAAUUGCGUCAGGCCUUACCAGCCUUGUGGAGACCAUGUCCGCCCUCCAUCAUCAGACCGAAGAGUUGGUGCAGGAGGAACAGCGGACAAAGCGUCCACGAGUCGCACCCGCUCCUGCGGUCGAAGCACCUGCAGGUGAUUGGCAUCCACUGGUCCGCAAAUGGACCCAUUCCAUCAUUGCCGAGCCAGAUUUUGUCAGUGAAUGGUCGGCUAUUGAUUCUGCAGCAGCCCUGGCGUUUGAGUUUGGUCACUCCCUGCGGCCUUCUCUACGACAACAUCAACUCGCUCCAAGUGCUCCUCCUUCUGUUGCAAAGACCAAGAAGGUGAGGUUUCGUCCGCUGAUUGAAGUCUGCAUUGGGGAUUUGCAGCUCUUGGCGGUGCCGCAUCUUGCAUUGAGGUGUUGGCCAUGUAAGCCUUGGGACCUUGUUGAUGAUUGGACAGAUCAACCUUAUGAAAUCCGUCGGAAAUUUCGGCCGCCUUGUCACCCUCCAUCAUGGCACUCGAUGUUUGGGCUCCAUGUGCCCUUUGCCCGCAGUGGUGCAGGCGAGCCGCCUUUUCUUCAGCUUCGAAUCAUGGAUGAGUACGCGAACUUGCCGCACAUCCCUGAUGAUGAUGGUGAAGCCGGAGGUCCUGCUCAUGGACCAUUUGGACAUCAGCCAGGCCAUCUUCCGGACUUCACCGACAAUAUGCUAGCACAAAUGGAUCCAGCACUGGCAACACCAGCCAAUUUUGCUCAGGGUGCUGUGCUUAUUCGUACAUGGUACAUUCAUCAUGAGACGCACCAGCAUUGUGCCAUUCCGCGUAUGGUCCACCUUGGCGGUGAUCGUGCUGAUUGGAUCCAACAGAUUGUCAAUGUUUGGGCAGACAUCAUUGACGUUGACAUUCCCAAGGCCUUCACUCUGCCUACGCCAAUGCCAUAUCGUGGCCAUGCGGACCAGUUUGUUGCCCUUGACGUGAUCGUGUCGCAAGGCUUGCAUCACCCCAGAUUUUCAGGCCUGGUUUCAGUGCACUUUCUGGAUGAUUUGGAUGGUCAGCGAACCUUCAUCAUUGCAGCCUCCUUUGCGACAUGGGUUAGUGGAUAUCAUAUUGUUGAUGCGGCAGAUGUACAUCAUUAUUGUGCGCCUGUGACUGGCAGAGCAUGCAACAUUUUUCAUGGUUGGGAGGCCAUUUCUGUUGAUGCUGAUCCCCAACAUCGCAUGCGACCUGGCAAUUCCUUCAUGAUCCAGGUCCCACACGAACCUCACAUUCACGUUGGCAACUCUGAAGCUGCAGCGAGCACGCUGGAAGAUGUGCAAACGUUUGGAUUACCAACUGGCCCUACGGAAGAUCACUUUGACCCUGGUCCAACACAUGAAGGCUCUGAUGAUGGCGGAGGUGAGAGUCCAAGUGGCGAGUCCCCCCCUGAUCCUCAUGGACACAACAUCGAGGCUCAUGGACCUCUGUUCAACUGCCACUUUUAUCGGCUGCGACAUGCUCCACUGCAUAUCUUCUUGAACAAUGCGGCGGGUGUGCCUAUGCUUCGAGAACUAGCUCGACAUCUUGGCAUUGUUCCGGCUAGCCUUCUCCAAGCGCACCUGGUCCAAGCUCAGAUGGUUGGAGAUCAAAUUGCUGACUUCUCUUUCGUGCUCCAAUCCAUCACGGACUUGCCAGCGGCGUCAUCCGAUGCGCUUGUAAUCUUGGACGUGGAGGUGCAUUUUGCUCGCAACCCAGGUGGGCUCCAACCGCUGCCAGCUGCUGCGCGUCGUGUUGUUCGGGUGCCCCUCCAUGUGACCAGAGAAGAUGUCCUUGGUUUUGCAGGCGUUCAACAAUACUGUCGUCUUCAGCAUGAUCGUUGUCUUGUGCAACACAAUGGACGCGGAUGGCCCAUUCUACGACCUGGACCCAUUCGAAUGCAGCAUGGGGCUUAUUUGAGAGUGAUUGUGCCUCCUCCGCUUGAUGAGACCAACACUUUGCACUCCAUCAGGAUAGCACAAGCUCUACCUUCAGACGCUCCGGUAGCUGCACCUGCUGCAGGACCUUGCCCGGCACCGGGGCUUGAAGUUGAUGCUCCAGCCCCUUCUCCAGCUCCACCGGCGCCUGUCCUGUCGGCACAGCCACAACCUGAUGAGGCCGUAUGGUUUCGUGAUUUAGAUGACUACUUCCGUGACCAUGCGCUGAUUGAGUUUGAGGAGGAAGGGCCUGUACUUUACGUUUGGACCUGGUUUAUUAAUCAUGAGUCGUAUCAACAGUGCCCUGCAGCAAAAAUUGUGCGUUUGGAUGAGCUGCGCAAUCUGUGGUUGCAAGAUCUCUAUGAGCCGUGGCAGCAGUGGUUGCAGCCGCAAGCCACCACGCACAUUGCGAUCGUCCAUGGACAACCUCCACAUGAUUCCUUUCGAAUUGACACGAUCCAUAUCAUGAUUGAGCAGCACCCCAGUGAAGCACGCACGGCCGCGGUCCUAUCAGCGCUCUUUCAUGGACCUCGAGAUGAUCGUCUUCUGCAAUGUGGUCGGUCGAUCCCGAGAUGGGUUUGCACGGAAGAUAUUAUUGACAUCUUGGAGAUCAACCAUGUGUGUGAAGCCCAUGUUUGCCGGGCCCAGAUUGGCAGCAUUCCCAUGCAACAGUUCAUUCGGCAUGAUCUACCCACAGCUCGGAGCAUUGAGCUCCAUGUGCGUGCUCCACGCUGUGAGGGACAUGAAGGUGCUUCCAGUUCUGCAGACUCUUUUGUGCCACGAAAUAUUAUGCCUGCGACAGCCAAUUCACUUAUGCAGAUUACCCGGCGCUGGGCCAGAGCUCGAAGUGCAGCUGCUGUACCCUCUGAGGAACCUGGUGACCGUGUAGCAGAGCAACACCUUGCCUGUUCGUCUGCGCAACUUGAAAAUCAACCGGCGCCGCAAGCGCUUCUGCAGGAUGCUGGCCCCAUUCCCUUACCGUGGCCCACGCAAUGGCGAACCUUGCAGCAACUGUGGGACUUCUUCUUUGGCACCCACGCCGUGCACUUUCCGGAUGGGAUCUCAGUUGAAGUGUGGUAUUCUGAUCACUUGAGGCGCCCUUGGUCUGAGGAGGGACGAGUUGUGCAGCUUUCACCAAACUUGGUGACAUGGGUGGCCGCUAUUCAACAGGUCUGGCAUGAUUGGUUUGUCCCCGAGGUUGACUUCCAGAUUCAUGUUGUCACACCCAGUCCAGUUGGACAUGAUCACCCUGUGCAAGCUCACGUUGUGUUGCUGCAACAACCGCAACCAGAUCGAUUCUCCUGCCUGCUCACGGUGAUGGACAAGUACUCUGAUCCUUGGUUUCCUUCCAAUAUCUGUGUAGUGCUUCCUCAUGCCAUCGAUCAUUGGACGCUAUUGCGUGAAGCAGUUGCUGAGUUUCAGUGCCCACCAAUUGACCCUACUUCCAUUUGCAAGUCGUGGUUUGGACAGGUUGAGCUCACAGCUGGCAAUCUUUUUCCAGUACACCACGCCAUGUGCUUCACAGUCGUGGUUGAGCAAGCUGAUUCACUUCCUGCUGUUCCAGAAGUACUUGUCGAAGAGGAGGUUGGGGACAUCGUUGAGCUUCUUCAAAAACGUGCCAAACUCCAAUCCUCUACAAGCGCGACUUCCACGUGGCCGGCUUCUCAUCAAUGGAAUGGAGACAAAGUUGAACCGUUUGAUGCGGUCAUCACUUCCCAAUUUGAGAAGCUACAACUGGUCAUUACUGCCCUGUGGGAGCACUUAGUAGAUGGCCAGCGGGAACAACCAGACAUUGCUGUUCAAGCAACGGUGAACUCACCUGUUGUGAUUUCGCUUGCUGCAUCGUUAGUUCCUGACGGUGAUCCAGAUCAACCCGUAUUUCGAGACGAAACCUCCGCGCUUGUUUGGCUUCAUGAUGACAAUUGGGCAGCGACAUGUACUCCCUCGGCGCCGCUUCCGUUUCUCCCCCUUCCUGAGGGCGUUCAGGUUCCGCUUGAGUCAUACUUUGCGAUUGAGAACGAGGAUGCAGUGCAGCCGCAUUCAGAUGCUCACUGGGAACUUUACGUUGAUGGCGCGACUUCUGCUACGGCAGCUGCAUGGAGUGUCGUCAUCGUUCAGGUCACGAAUGCUGGCACACGUUUCCACGGUCAAAUAUCAGGACCAGUUGUGAUUGGCUCGGAUUCUCCACUUUGGAUUGGUGCCACAUCCCUUGACAACAUCGCAGCUGAGUUUGAAGCUUUAGCGGUUGCCUUAAUGGUUGUGCAUUCACAGCAGCUACCGGGCAAGGUUUUGAUUCGCCCUGACCUACGGCUGAGCCGCACAGUGUCCUUGUUUGAAUGCUGUACCACCUCGAACCCGGUGCUUGCUACGUUGCUUCGUGCGUUCUCCACGUGGCUCGGGCCUCGACUUGAGAUUGCGGAGGUUCGAGGGCACCAAAAUCAUCCAUGGAAUGAGCUUGCUGAUCGGUUAGCUCGGUUUGCCCUCACCGCUGAUGUAGCGCCAAGCAUUGCCCUUGCGUUGGAACCUUUGCAUCGACUUGCUGUGGAGAAGUUUGACGCUCAGUGGUCUUGGAUGCAGACUUGCCCUACGUCGCUGCUCCAUGCCUUUCCUCCACUUUGUGAUGGCCAGGUGAUGCAGUUUCCUCAUUCAUUACGGCGUGCGGCCACUUCGGUGUCUUCUCCGCUAGGAUUACACUCUGAUGCUCCUGGCUCUGCGCUGAUUGACAUACAGAUGGCCACGGCGAAUGUCUUGGCGUUGGAUGUCCAGGAACCCACAAAAGAGUUUGGCCGCCGUGUUGGAGCUCGUACUCAGCGCCUAGAUGCACAAUGGCAUGCGAGAAAGAUCCAUUUAGUUGGGGUGCAAGAAGCCCGUACGCCAAAAGGGGUCUUUGAGUCCGAGCAUUACCAUAUUUGGUCCUCUGGUCAUGUUGGCCCGGCAGCCGCAAGAUUUGGGUGCGAACUUUGGUGUCAUCGCAGCCUCCCCUUCGCUACUACAGCUUCUGGUUGCAGUAUUGGCCUCAGCAGUUUUCAUACUGUCGUCACCCACGGUGACCCACGUCGAUUGAUGGUCAAGUUUGAGCACCCAGGCCUCUCCUUCGUUGUUGUGGUCCUGCACGCGCCUUGCUUGUCCAAAACGAAGGGCUCUGGACAUCGACCCAUUGAUGACAUUCAGACCUGGUGGACUGAGACAUCAACGCGCGUCUCCAAACACGUCGCUGAUGCAUUGGCUUGGUAUCUGGUUGACGCGAAUGCUCCAUUGGCUUCCACGGCGACCGACUUGUUCGGCAUGCAUCAUUCAGAACCCAUGAAUGCACAGGGCCAUGUUUUUGAGGAGUUUCUCCAUACACAUCAACUCAUGGUGCCAUCCACAUUUGAGGCGUUUCAUCGUGGGUCGUCAACUACAUGGACACAUUCCACAGGGAGCACUUUGCGACGUGACUAUAUCUUAGUGUCUCAAGCGGCUCGUUCCAUGGUGCGAUCGACCACGGUGCUCGUGGAUCAUGACUCAACCUUUGAGCAUGAGGAUCAUCUUCCUGUCAUGGCUCAUGUCGCUGGUGAGGUGACGUUGACCACCUCUUCGAAGAGCAAAAUUUACUGGGACAGAGAUCGGCUACGUGAUCCUGCUGUUGCCCAGGAGUUCCAAUCUGCCCUGGCGACACUCCCAUUGCCUACGUGGGAUGUCAAUGUUGAUGAGCACUGUCGGCUCUACGAGUCCAAUGUCUUGCAGCUUGCUCGACAGUUCUUCGAAGAACACCGCCCCAAGCGUCGUCGUCCUCAGCUUCGCCCUGCAACGCUUGCCAACAUCGCAUUCAAGCGUCAUGUUCUUGACUGCGGUCGCCGCUGGGGUUUGAUGCACGACGAGCUCUACAAGACUGAGCUCCGAGCCAUUGAGAAGAUGGUGAAAGCUCAAGUGUAUCAAGACCUACAGGUUCAUUAUGACCAAAUUCUCGUUGAACUUCAAGCAGCUGGUGAAAUUCAUGACCUCCGUGCGGUGCACACAAUCUUGGCUCGCCUUGGAUCCAGGAAACCAAAAAGGGCUACUGUGGUUCGUCCUCUCCCUGAACUGCGAAAGCCGGAUGGUGAUAUUGCCACCUCCUUUACAGAGCAGCAGCAAGUGUGGAUGAAACAGUUUGGCGAGAUUGAGGCAGGGACACAGAUGUCUUGGUCUGCGCUCCAACAAUUGGAUCGCCCAGGCCUAGGGCCUCCUCUUGAUGUCCAACAACAAGCACUAUUUCCAUCCCCUUGGAUCCUACAGAGCUUUUUGCGCAAGCUCAAACGUGGAAAGACACCUGGGCUGAAUCAGAUCCCCACUGAAGUGCUCAAAGUUGGCGCUGGUACACUUUGUGUGCAAUUGUGUGCGUUGACCGCAAAGGCAGUUGCUCACUGCAAGGAGCCACUGGAGUGGAAAGGUGGCCUGCUUGUACCACUGUCCAAAGGUAAAGCAGAUGCAGCAGAUCCAUUGGGUUAUCGAAGUAUCUUCAUCAGCAACUUUACGGCGAAGCUCUACCACAUGGCUCUGCGGGCGCACCUUGUGGAGAUCUGGGAACAGGGAAUUUCCUCGUUGCAGCUUGGAGGGCGACGCAAGCGCGGUGCCGACUUGGCCCACCACAUCCUUCAAGCGCAUGGACAUUGGGCUACUUGCACUCGCAAACCCUACGCCCAUUUAUUCUUCGAUAUCAGAUCAGCAUUCUACAGUGUCCUGCGGCAAGCUUUGUUUCCUGAUGAAGAGUACCCUUCCUCUUUGGUCGCUGCACUCCAUCGCCUUCGAGUGAGCAGCGCCGACAUUGAUCACAUGCUAGAGGUGACCAGCACGGAUGAUGCUACCGCAGGUGUUAGUGAUCAUUUUCGGCGGCUUUUGAAGGAUGCUUUGACCAAUACCCACUUCUUUAUCCGGGGGCUUGACGCUCCAUGCCGCACGCAUCGUGGGACCAGGCCAGGUGACCCUUUGGGAGAUCUCCUUUACAACAUGGUCAUGAGUCUGAUUUUGCGGGAUGCGCGCAACCUUAUUCACAAGGCCACUGGUGUGUUUUGGGCUGGGAGUCCACAGGCUUGUGCUGAUCUCCUGCAUCCCGAUGGAGUUCCUCCGGAAGCCAUCAUUGACCUUGCUUUUGUGGAUGACUGCGCGAUGGCCAUUCAUUCUUCUACGCUGCAUCGUGUCCAGGACAUCGUGAAGGCGGCCGUUGGGGCGAUGGACGCAGCAGCCAAAGGUCGUGGACUUCUUCUCAAUUUCGCUCCUGGCAAAACUGAGGUGAUUCUUCAUCUGGUUGGAAAGGGCUCGGCUGCUGCCAAGGUCCAAUUGCAGGAGUCUUCGCAGCGAUUGAUCUGGGAGCAAGACUCACAGCAAUUUCAGCUUCGGGUUGUCCACUGCUAUAAGCACCUUGGCACAUGGCUCCAGCAGGGGGCUAAGAGCUCCAAAGAAGUGGUGGCGCGCGGCACAGCUGCGAGACAGAGUUGGGGCGCCUUGCAUCGGUCGCUCUAUGCCAAAUCCUAUGUCUCCAUUAAGGCCAAGAUGACCGCGUUUGAAUCCUUGUCUAUGUCCAGGCUUAUGUACAACUGCCAUGUUUGGGCUCCGGUGACAGACACGAUGGUCCAUGCGUGGCAGAACUCCAUCAGGAAGCCGCUCGGAUUGUUUGCCCGAGGUCAUUCUUUUGGUGUCUCGCCUUUGCUGUUAGACGUGGAGACUUUGUGUGGCCUGUUGCACAUCCUGCCUCCCGCCGACCGUUUGCACAUGGCGCGGCUGCGCUAUCUGCGCAGGUUGGUUCAAGUUGCUCCCAAUGUGCUAUGGCAGCUCUUGAUGGAGACCAAGGACAAAGAGGACUCGUGGAUCAAUGCUUGUGAGCGCUCGUUCGACUGGUUUCGUCGUUUUUACUCGGACCACAUUGGAUUGCCUGCGGACAACAAUCUAGCCAGUUGGUUGCCAAUUGUCAGUCUUGACGCCAACUGGUUUGGACGCGUCAAGGCAGCCGGGGCUGCGCGUCGACGAUUUAGACAGGCCACAGCGGAAUCCGUCACCUGGCAAAAGCGCUUCGACACUGCCUUUACCGAAGCUGGUGGAGUUCUUCCUGCUCGACCUUUGCCGUGUGCUGAACGCUGGACGUGCGAUCAAUGCGACAAGUGGUUUGGUUCACGCAGGGCGCUCGCUACACAUUCAGCUCGAGUUCAUGGUUACCGUCGCCUGGUCAAGUUGUACGCAGUUGGCGAUACCUGCCAGGCUUGUUGCCGAUGUUACCACAACCGAAGCAGACUGGCUGAGCACCUACGUGAUGCGACUCUUUGUCUGGAGACACUGCAGCAUUGCUUUCCGCCGGUUGAUGAUGACCAUUUGGCACAGCUUGAUGCACAAGAACAGCAAGACAAUGCUCCUAUGAAAGCAGAUGGAUGGGGCGCUACGAAGGCAUUGCACCCUAUGCGGAAGUUGCUUGGGCCGCGUCUGCCUCCUCCUCAUUCCGCCGCUGCGCAUGAGAUGUUUCAGAAGUACAUGCAACGUUCUUCUGGUGCCAGUGAGGCUGCCACACUUCUUCAAGGGCGUCGAGAUGGUCCUGUUUCUGAUUCACCGCAGGUCCAGGUGUUUGCAGAGGACUUCCCGGCCUUUGUCAUGAACGUGCCGGCGGGUUUCCCAGAAGGCGAUGGACGUUAUGACCUUGGAGGCCUUGAGCUUCAUGUCAUUUCGGUUGACUUAUGUCUUCAAAAGGAACAAGGCAAUUUGGUCACACCUGCCGCCCAUGGAUUUUGGCAACACCAAAUUGCCAAAGGGCAGGUGAUAGGUGCUGGCGGCGGUCCACCUUGUGAAACGUUCACUGCUGCUCGUUUUCAAGAAGGUGGUCCUCGAGUUUUGCGGAGCGCGUCCUUUCCUGAUGGCCUUCCUGCGCUACGUUUUCGAGAAUGGCAGCAGGUGAUUGUGGGCACCCGGCUCUUCCUGUUCUUGAUGGACCAGCUGCUGCUAUUGGCUAAGUGUGGAGGCUGCGGCUUUUGCGAGCAUCCUCAGUUCCCUACGUGGCUUCGAUCGAAGGAGCCAGCGAGCAUUUGGGCUCACCCGGCGAUCCGAUCGUUGCGCCUUUUGGCUUGCUGCGGAGUGACCUCCUUCGACCAGUGCGUCUUUGGUGCAGCAGCGGUCAAGCCCACCUCGAUCCUUCACCUGAGGCUGCCGCGGUUUCGUAGGAUCGUUUUUGCUCAGGGCCGAUGUGGACGGUGCCCGCAUGGCGCUCAUGCCCAUGCUCAAUUAAAAGGGUUUGAGGAAGAUGGGACCACCUUCCGAACAGCCCGUUGCAAGAUUUAUCCUGAAGGGCUGAACAGAGCCUUGGCUGAUGCGAUUUUGACCCAGGCUGCGAAGGUGUAUGCUGGUGUCCGCGUUUCAGCAGGGCUGCCCCAGGAGCUUGAGCCUUUCAAUCAUGUGGAUUUUGUUGGGUGUGAUAUCGUCCAACCGGACCUUUAUCGACCCGUUGUGUAG